AUGGCCUCCAUUCUUCUGCGAUUCGAGAGUCGAAACGGCCAAUUUCGACUCACGAUUCUAGAGCAUCUCCCCGCAGCCGCCGAACCUUCGUCCAUCACCCUCUCAAAUAAACCGAUCGGCACAGGUGGUGAGGAGAGACCACUAGACGGCCUACAAGGUGUUUCACUCGAACAGGUUGGCCUCAAGCAUGGCGAUAAGCUCUUUAUUGGGUACCGGGAACAGGCACAAGAUAAUGGACCCUCGAACGGCGACUUAUCUAGCACUUCAGAAUACCGACUCAAUGGCACGCCAAUUCCCAAACAACAGACAGUUCCGAUUCGUGCACUACCAAGUGUUGCCGCUCCGAUGAAGAACCCGUGGGACCUAGUGCAACAGUCACCGCUGGACAAUCUGCUAGACAAGAAAGAUGGGAAAAUCAAGCGUGGCAUGGACUACAAGAUGUGCAGACAUGGUCCCCGAGGCAUGUGUGAUUACUGCAUGCCACUCGAGCCUUAUGAUGCGAGCAACAUGGCAGAGAAGAAGAUUAAGCACCUUUCUUUCCAUUCAUACCUGCGGAAAAUCAAUGCCGCGACCAACAAGCCCGAAAUGGGAACCUCGUUCAUGCCACCGCUCAACGAGCCAUAUUACCGAGUGCGAACGGAUUGCCCAUCGGGGCAUUCUCCUUGGCCGGAGGGCAUUUGCACCAAAUGUCAACCAAGUGCAAUCAGUCUUCAACCCCAGGAAUUCCGAAUGGUAGACCAUGUGGAGUUCUCGUCCUCUGAUUUAAUCAAUUCCCUCCUUGACUUCUGGCGAAAGUCAGGCGCUCAACGACUGGGCUUCUUGUAUGGAACAUAUGAGGAAUACACUGAAGUACCACUGGGUAUCAAGGCUGUCGUUGAAGCAAUCUAUGAGCCCCCGCAAACCGGCGAAGUGGAUGGCGUAACACUCCAUGACUGGCACAACGAAAAGGAAGUGGAUGAAGUAGCCCGUCUCUGCGGAUUGCAGAAGGUUGGUGUGAUAUUUACUGACUUGAUUGAUGCUGGCCGUGGAGAUGGUUCAGUCGUUUGCAAGCGCCACAUCGACUCGUACUUCUUGUCUUCACUUGAAAUUGCAUUCGCUGCACGACUCCAGGCACAAAACCCCAAGUCAACGAAAUGGAGCCGGACAGGGCAGUUCGGCUCCGAUUUUGUAACGUGUGUGCUCAGCGGAGAUGAGGCUGGUGCGAUUUCUAUCAGUUCAUACCAAGCAUCUGUUUCUGCAGUUGAGAUGGUUCGAGGAGAUAUCAUCGAACCUUCAGCGGACCCGAGUGUGAUGCUGGUACAAUCAGAGUAUGACGAAGAUGCCGGAAGCAGGACACGAUACAUUCCCGAAGUCUUCUACCGACGAAUUAAUGAGUACGGUGCAAGUGUACAGGAGAGCGCCGAGCCUAGUUUCCCAGUGGACUUCCUAUUAGUUACCCUGACCCAUGGAUUCCCAACAGAGUCAUCCCCAUUAUUCACCAACAGUCGCUUCCCUAUUGAGAACCGUGAAGUUGUUGGCGAGAGCCAGGAGCUUCGACACGUUGCCCAGAAACUGAUGUCCCAUGGUGAUCCCGAUAAAGCUAUCCAAGGCGUUUCUGAUUUCCACAUACUGUGCUUCUUGCAUGGACUCAGCACAUUUAGCAAGGACGAGGAAUCGCUCCUCUGCCGUGUCGCCAGAACGAAGUCCCCCAUCGAGGGCAUGCAGCUUGUGAAUACCCCAGGAUGGGCCACAUUGAUGACAAUUCUUCAAGAGAGUGGUGAGCGCCCCCCUAAGCGCCCCUGGCCCACACCGGCGGACCCUUCUCGCCCGGAUUCCCAAGCCCGGAAACGCCGCAACCCCCCACCCUCCACUCUACCCCGGUCCAUAUCUCCCAGUCCCGAGAGUGACCAGCUUGCUAAGAGGUUUAAGGGAGCUAGUUUAGAAUGA